ACGUUGGCAGCUUACGUUCCACAGACUCCCCAAAUACUUUUCUCUGUGGGCCUGCUCCCCCUCCCACCACAAAAUCCUCCCAAAAAAUACAAAUCUUAAGUAAAAAGUAAUCCCCCCAAUUGCAGUUCCUCUACUUUAUUUCUACUUGAAAAAUUCGAAUUUGUUUGAGAUCGAGGUGUAGUUAAUUGAUUUUAGAAUAUCCAAUUUACUAUGGUGGAAAGUUCGAUUGGGGGAGUAGUGCCAGCAGUGAAGGGGUCAGUGAGGGUGGGGGGUAAAGAGGAGGGUGGUGGUAGUGUAAGGGAUGAAGAUGAAACAGAAUGGGAAUUGGAUAGGGAAUUGUUGUGUCCAAUUUGUAUGCAGAUUAUAAAGGAUGCAUUUUUAACUUCCUGUGGCCAUAGUUUUUGCUAUAUGUGUAUAAUCACUCACCUUCACAAUAAGAGUGAUUGUCCUUGUUGUUCUCAUUAUCUUACCACUAGCCAACUCUACCCUAAUUUCCUUCUAGACAAGCUACUGAAGAAGACAUCUGCUCGUCAGAUUUCAAAAACUGCAUCUCCUGUUGAACAAUUUCGUCAUUCAUUGGAACAGGGUUGUGAUGUAUCAAUUAAGGAGCUGGACGCUCUAUUGUCGAUGUUGUCAGAGAGAAAGAGGAAAUUGGAGCAGGAAGAAGCAGAGCGAAAUAUGCAAAUUCUGCUAGACUUCUUACAAAUGUUAAGGAAGCAAAAAGUUGAUGAACUCAAUGAGGUGCAAAAUGAUCUGCAAUACAUCAAAGAGGACAUAAAUUCAGUGGAGAGACAUAGAAUAGACCUAUACCGAGCUAGGGACCGGUACUCAAUGAAGCUUCGAAUGCUAGUAGAUGAUCCAAUUGGGAAAAAACCUUGGUCUUCAUCCACUGAUAGGAACUUUGGUGGUCUUUUCUCCACUUCAAGGAAUGCACCUGGAGGAUUACCUACUGGAAACUUGACAUACAAAAACGUGGAAGGCAAAGCUCAAAUAAGCUCUCCUGGACCACAUAGAAAAGAUAAUUCUAUCAGUGAAUUGAAUUCACAACAUAUGAGUCAAUCAGGUCUGGCUGUGGUGAGGAAGAAGCGUGUAAAUGCACAGUUCAAUGAUCUCCAAGAAUGUUACUUGCAAAAGAGACGUCUAUUGGCGAACAAAUCGCAUGUUAAGGAGGAAAAGGACGUAGAUGUCAUAAAAAGAGAAGGUUACAGUGCAGGACUAGAAGAUUUCCAGUCUGUACUUAGCACUUUCACUCGUUAUAGUCGGUUAAGAGUCAUUGCUGAGCUUCGGCAUGGGGAUCUUUUUCACUCAGCCAAUAUCGUGUCAAGCAUUGAAUUUGAUCGUGAUGAUGAGUUGUUUGCUACUGCUGGAGUUUCACGGCGUAUAAAAGUUUUUGACUUCUCUUCGGUUGUAAAUGAACCUGCAGAUGUGCAUUGCCCUGUUGUCGAAAUGUCAACUCGUUCUAAGCUGAGCUGCUUGAGCUGGAAUAAGUAUACCAAGAACCACAUAGCAAGUAGCGAUUAUGAUGGAAUAGUAACUGUAUGGGAUGUGACCACUAGACAGAGUGUGAUGGAAUAUGAAGAGCAUGAGAAACGGGCAUGGAGUGUUGAUUUUUCACGCACAGACCCCUCGAUGCUUGUAUCUGGCAGUGAUGAUUGUAAGGUAUUAAAGGAUUAUUUCUCACUUGUCAAACACAAGUCUUAACCUUUUUAGGUUGGU